UGGGAGGCCUGGCGCUGUCCGCUUUGUCCGGCUUGGGGCUGGCGGGGGGACUCACCCCUGAACCGAAGGCCCUGAGGAAGAGGAGGAGGGAGCAGGAAGGGCUUCCCAGACUGUCCCAAGGAGACAAGCUUAACCGCAGGCCAUUUCUAAAGACCCAGAGACUCAGAGGGCAUGUUCCCCAAGACCCCACAUUUGGAAAAGCCUGUGCUGAGAACACACAGCUGGAACAGAAUUGAAAGACUGUCUAAGGAUGACUCAGAAAAAACCCACUGCCCAGGACUCAUGUCCAGCUCCUGCCAGGUCAGCCCAGCUAGGGAAAGAGGCUGUGAGAGUGAGCAAUUUGGGAGAAGCUCAAAGCUUCUUCCCCAGGACAGGGUGCCUAUAGAAAAGGGGCCCCAGACCACGGCACCAGGUGAGGAGAAGUCCACACUGAGUUCCCAUUCAAUUGAACACGAGCGAACUUGUGCCUGUAAGUGUGAUGAGUGUGGAAAAGACUUCAAGCUGCCCUCAGCCCUCAUUGCCCACCAGAGAAUUCACACUGGAGAGAAGCCCUAUGCAUGUGCUCUGUGUCAGAAAGUGUUCAGGUGCAGGUCAAACCUCACUGAACACCAGAGAAUUCACACUGGAGAGAAGCCUUACGAAUGUAACAAAUGUGGGAAAGUUUUCAUUCAAAAUUCAACUCUUAUGCUACACCAGAGGACUCAUACUGGAGAGAAGCCCUAUACAUGCAGAGAUUGUGGAAAAGCCUUCAGGGGGAGCUCAGACUUGAGAAAGCACCAGAGAAUUCACACUGGAGAGAAACCCUAUGAAUGUGGUGAAUGUGGGAAGACCUUCAGGUGGAGCUCUCCUCUUAUCAGACAUCAGAGAACUCACAGUGGAGAGAGGCCCUAUCAGUGUGGGGAAUGUGGCAAAGCCUUUGGUCAGAGCUCAUCCCUUAUUGAGCACCACAAGGUCCACACUGGUGAGAAGCCCUAUGAAUGUGCUGAGUGUGGAAAAGCCUUCAAGGGGAGCUCAGACCUGAGCCAACACAGGAGGGUUCACACUGGGGAGAAGCCCUAUGAGUGUGAAGAAUGUGGGAGAGCCUUCAUGUGGAAGACAGCCCACAUCACUCAUCAGAGAAGUCACAGUGGGGAGAAGCCUUAUGAGUGCCCUGAAUGUGGGAAAGCUUUUGUCCAAAGCUCACAGCUCACUCAACACCAGAGAAUUCACACUGGGGAGAAGCCCUAUGAAUGCAGAGACUGUGGGAAAGCCUUCAGUGUGAGUUCCUACCUUAUUGAGCACCAGAGAAUUCACACUGGGGAGAAGCCCUAUGAAUGCAGUGUCUGUGGGAAAGCUUUCAUCCAAAGAUCACACUGGACCCAACACCAGAGGAUUCACACUGGAGAGAAGCCCUAUGAAUGCAAUGAAUGUGGAAAAGCUUUCAGUGUGAGCUCCUACCUUAUUGAGCACCAGAGGAUUCACACUGGAGCUAAGUCCUAUGAAUGCAAGGACUGUGGGAAAGUCUUUGGCUAUAACUCCUACCUUCUUCAGCACCAGAAACUUCACACCAGGAAGUAGCUAUGAUAUGAGAGUGUCCUUGCCAUCCUUGGUAGCCAGCCUGGUUGCCCCCUCCUCCCUUCCCUUGUCUCUAUGUAGAGGUAUUCUUCUUCCCCUCCUAACUCAUCCACAAGUUGCCUGUCCUCUUUUCUAAAGCUGACCCCUUCAUGUGCCCUCUGCCUAGGAAUUAUGUGGCCAAGUGGUUAGAGUACUGGGUCUGGAGUCAGGAAGACUGAGUUCAAAUCCUGCCUCAGACAUUUAUUAGUUUUGUG